AAUGAUCUCAAUUGGCAAGUGAACUGAAAUUAAAGAGAUUAACAGGCUUUUUUAUUGUGCUUCAUCAAUAUUCUGUGUGCAGUUCAAUGCUCAUUUCUGUUGUGGUUUUGCUGCAACAAAAGCCGGCACCCAAGGGGGCAAGUGAAUUAUUGCCCUAUUAUUGCUUUAUUUGUGUUUGAAAAAACACUUGCAAUGAGCUCAAUCGGACGGUGAACAUUGAAGUCAGAGUUUAUUGCAAUUCAAACUCUGCAUAUACAGCGCUGUUUUACUUUAAAAAUGCUUUGCUGAAAAUAGAAGUAUUGUAUAUCGUUUCAUGAAGUGUGGUGACCUGCAAGCAGAAGCACGUCUGGUGGAAAACACAGUUAUUGAGUGUUUAAUUGUUGGAGGAACAGCAACAUCUCCAACAUGGUUCAGAGGGUGGCAGUGAUCGGGGCGGGACCUUGUGGUCUGACCAGCUUGAAGGCUUGUCUGGAUGAGGGCUUGGUGCCAACCUGCUUCGAAAGCAGCGAUGACAUGGGUGGGCUGUGGAAGUUCAAGGAGGUCUCCGAGCCCAACAGGGCCAGCAUCUACCGCUCCCUCACCAUCAACGUCUCCAAAGAGAUGAUGUGCUACAGCGACUUCCCGAUCCCUGCUGAUUAUCCAAACUACAUGCACCACUCAAAAAUCCUAACGUACUUCAGGAUGUACGCUGAUCACUUCAAACUGCUGGAGCACAUUCGAUUCCAGACAUCUGUGAAGCGAGUCGUGCAAAGGCCAGAUUUUACUCGCACUGGACAGUGGGAAAUUGUGACCGAGAACAGAGAUGGACAAGAGGAAAGGCAUGUUUUUGAUGCAGUCAUCUGCUGCUCCGGUCACUACACCUAUCCAAACCUGCCACUCAAGGACUUCCCAGGAAUCGAGACAUUUGAAGGUAAAUACCUCCACAGUUGGGACUACAAGGGACCUGAGAACAUGCAUGGGAAACGUGUGGUGGUCAUCGGCAUUGGAAACUCAGGGAGCGAUAUCGCAGUGGAAACCAGCAAGGUUGCAGAACAGGUGUACCUGAGCACCCGGCGUGGCGCCUGGGUCAUCCGCCAGAUCUCUGACAACGGCCUGCCAGUGGACAUGAAGUACAACACCCGACUUGUGCACAUCUUGUUCCAGCUGUUUCCAAUGGCGUUCUUCAACUGGUUUGGUGAAAGGAAACUGAAUGCCAUGUACGACCACACCAUGUAUGCUCUCAAACCAAAGCACAGGCUCUUCAGUCAGAUCCCUGUGAUCAACGACGAUCUGCCAAUGAAGAUCCUGUCCGGGUCUGUCAUUGUCAAACCCAAUGUGAAAGAGAUCCGAGGCUCCACUGUGGUGUUUGACGAUGGCACCAUCGUGGAAAAGGUGGACACUUUGGUUUUUGCCACGGGCUACAACUAUGACUUCCCCUACCUGCCGAAAGAUGCCAUGUACAAGACUGGCCACCGAGUGGGUUUGUACAAGCACGUGUUCCCCCCAAACAUGGAGCAUCCCACUCUGGCCGUGGUUGGAUUCAUCCAUGGCCUUGGAGCCAUCAUGAUUCAGGCAGAGAUGCAAGCCCGCUGGGCCACGCGGGUCUUCAAAGGUCUGAAUAAGUUGCCCUCAAACAGCGCCAUGCUCCAGGCUGUUGAGCAAGACACCAAAGACAUUGAGAAUCACUAUAUCGUGUCAAAGCUGAGCCCCUUGCACGUGGACUUUGUUUCCUACAUGGAUGAGCUUGCUGGAGAGAUCGGUGCAUGUCCCAGCCUCCUUUGGCUCCUCUUCACCGACUACCAGCUGUUCAAGAGAGUUCUGUGGGGACCCGUAACAGCAUACCAAUACCGCUUGAUGGGACCUGGGAAAUGGGACGGCGCCCGCAGAGCCAUCUUCACCCAGUUUGACCGCAUGUACCACCCACUGAAGACAAGAAAGGUGGAAAAUGACCGGCCAUCCUUGACUGGGCGUCUGUUCAAGCUGAGUCUGACUGCCAUGGUUGGAGGUGUGGGUUUCUACUGUCUUCAUCUUAAGAACCCGACUAUUCUCUCCAUCAUCAUGUCCAACCUCCGUGCACUGGCUCCCUCGGAUUAUCUCAGUCGUGUGUAGUAAACUGCAUUAACUUUCUUUUCAGCUGUCAAGAACUUGGGCAACUAUAACCUCUAUGGUUUACAUAACAUAUAUUCGAAUUGCAAAGACAAAUAUUUCAAAUGUGAAAUAGGACCUGUGACUCCAUGUUGUUCCAGAAUGUCUCAAUAAAUAAACU